GUCAGCCCCAGGUAGCACUGUCGUGGCAGCAGACUAGGAGCCUAGAGAGUGCCAGCCCCUGGCAGAGCCUUCCAUGCUCCCCUCAACUUCAAUGGAGAGACUGCUUCUGGCAACCCCGGCCCUGCCGUGUCCCCGGAUCCCACGGGCUCGCAUUGCCAGGUAUUGGGAAGACCUAGACUGCAGAAUUGCAACCUGGGUGCUGCAAUCCCUGAGGCCAAGGUCCAGCCAUCAUUGUAGCAAAAUCCCUUUCAAGCAAAUUCUCUUCAGGGCUCACCAGCAGGGGCUCCAGCCCCUCUUCAGGCCAAAGAAAUGGGCUUCUUCAGAAGCACCCCCUUCUAGCACACCCUGCAGAAUGUUCCCAGCUGUCCUCAACAGAGAGUUUGUCCAUGGAUGGCUUUUGGAUGGAGGUAGAGCGGAUCCAGCAGAAACAUGAGCUGAAAGAAGAGGAUGGCAAUGGAGGCGAAGGCAGAUUCUCUGAGGGAGAAGCUGAAUCACAGUGGCUACAGGACACAGGGCUGGCAGACCUCCUGGAUGACCGAGGCCUGAAGAGGGAUCCCCAGGAGCUCCUGUCCACCCUCACCCAGACCCAGGUGGCCGCUGUGUGCCGCAGGCUGAACAUCUAUGUCUGCUCCGCCCGGAGACGGCACAAAGCACCUGUCAGAGAUGUCAGGGACAUCUUUGGGGUCGUCAGUUCAGAAGCAGUGUCUUCAGAGAAUAGUUUGAAAUGGACCCAGCUUAGUUCCAGAGCUUCUAAGGUUCCUCUAGCAGAGCCUGAGGGGCCACAGGUGCAGGCUGGCAGGGAGGAAGCCUUCUACAUGGACUCUGCCUACUCAGAACAAGCUGCGUUACUCCUGCGGAGAGGCAGGACACCCCUGGGAGACACCUGUGUCUGCGGUCAGGGCUCCCUGCCGAAGUUCAGGAUCUCCAAAGGCAGACUCGGCUUGACACGGAUAGGAGACCUGUCCUUGCAGGACAUGAAGAAGAUCCCUGCUCUGGCGCUCAUCGAACUGACCGCACUCUGUGAUGUCCUAGGCUUGGAGCUGAAGAGGAACAAGGCGGGCAAGCGCAGGCCCACAGAGAUUCGCCUCUUUGGUAUGCCACUGGAUGCCCUGCUGGAAGCUGACCGCAAAGCCCUCCCCAGCGCCCAGGUUCCGCUGGUCCUUCAAGCUCUGCUGACCUGUUUGGAAAAGAGAGGGCUGGACACAGAGGGCAUCCUCAGGGUGCCUGGGUCCCAGGCCAGGGUCAAGGGACUAGAACAAAAGCUGGAGAGAGAGUUCUACUCUGGGCUUUUCAGCUGGGAAGAGGUCCAUCACCAUGACGCAUCUGAUUUGCUCAAAAGGUUCAUCCGGGAGCUGCCAGCACCUCUGCUCACUGCUGAGUACCUCCCGGCCUUCGCUGUGGUGCCCAAUAUCCCCGACCUGAAGCAGCGUCUGCAGGCCCUGCAUUUGCUCAUCCUGAUCCUCCCGGAGCCCAACAGGAAUGUUCUGAAGGCACUCCUGGAAUUCCUCAGGAAGGUGGUGGCCCGAGAGAAGAGCAACAAGAUGAGCCUGUGGAACGUUUCCACGGUAAUGGCCCCUAAUCUCUUCCUGCACCGAGGGCGGCCCCCCAAACUCUCCAAGGGCAAGGAGAAGCAGCUGGCCGAGGGGGCAGCCGAGGUUGUGCAGAUGAUGGUGCAGUACCAGGACCUGCUCUGGACGGUUGCCUCUUUCCUGGUGGCUCAGGUGCGAAAAUUAAAUGACAGCAGCACGCGGCGUUCCCAGCUCUGUGAUGGGGGCCUCAAAACCUGGCUGCGUAGGACACACGCAGACCGCGAGCAGAUGUGGGCUGACCCAGAGGCGGCUCCCAAAGUGGCAAAGAUCCAGGUGGCCUGGUCUAUCAAGGACCCCCUGGAGGUGCCCCUGACCCCUAGCACCAAAGUAGUUCAUGUCCUCAGGCAAUUCACAGAGCACCUUCAGCCUGGCUCACAGGGUCAAAAGGGCGGCAAGGAUGAGGACCAUUGUCUGGCCCUAAGCAGGCCCAUGAGGUCAGCCGCCAUCCUCCUCUAUGAAGUUGGAGGAAAUAUCCGGGAGCAUCGCCUGGAUCCAGAUGCCUAUCUCUUAGAUCUAUACCGAGCCAACCCCCACGGGGAGUGGGUACUUAAACAGAGCCCCACCUAAGCUCUGGGUGCCACAACCCUGCCUGGCCCUGCAGACUCUGAGCCACUGUACCCAGCACAGGAGCACGUGGAAGUGGACCUCUCUCUCUCUCCCCCAGGAGCCUUCUCUAAAAACCUCUCAGAUCACACCUGGACUGGGGGCUGGGACUAUCCCCUCCCUGCAGGCUCACACACACAGUCACAUGCACUCCUCAGUCCCCAGGACUCUGGUGUUUCUGCCAGAUGUGCUCUGUGAUAGCUGGGAGGACUUGGGUCUCCAUGGACUUUGAGCCACAGCCCCAAGGAGAAUUAAACAAGGCAGUUCCAGGAAGAAGCUGUUCCCAUCCCAAGAAAAAAAAAGUUUUGUAAGUGGUUUUACAAGGUCUCCAGGGCUUAGAGCUUUGUGCCCUUGGGCAAGUGCCUUGCCCUCUCACAUCCCUUGAAAGACAAGAGGCAGCCAGGUGAGACUGUCAUGGUGAUGCAAAAGGACUUUGAUGCCUGAGACUCUGAGGUCCAGGUUCAGUCCCCAGCAUCAUCAUUAGCUAGAGCUGAGCAGUAUUCUAGUAAAAAAAAAAAAAAAAAAAAGAGCCAGGUGGUAGUGCAGCAAGUGAAGUGCAGGUGACGCAGAGCCCAAGGACUGGAGUUAAGCUGGUUCGAGCCCUCGGCUCCCCACCUGCAGGGGAGUCGCUUCACAGGCGGUGAAGCAGGUCUGCAGGUGUCUCUCUUUCUCUCCCCCUCUCUGUCUUCCCCUCCUCUCUCCAUUUCUCUCUGUCCUAUCGAACAGCAACGACAUCAAUCACUACAACAGUAAUAACUACAAUAAUAAAACAACAAGGGCAACAAAAGGGAAUAAAUAAAUAAAUAUAUUUUUAAAAAAAUUGAGAAGCACUGGGGCCAACUGAGGCCCUGGAAGACCUGGGAAGAGGAAAAAGCCCUUUUCACAGCUCUCGUGUUCUAAGCAUUGCUUCGUACAGACCUGUUAUUUUGUACUGUAUUAUUUUCAGUGUUUAAAUAUGAAUGGCACACAUUAAAGAUCACAUCUACUUCACCUAGG